AUGGAGUUAUCCCGCCACGAACGUGCGAACGACUCCAAAAUGGUACACUACCUCCUCGUAUUAACACUUGCAGCGGCUGUCAGCGCCAGAACAGCUAGCACAAACCAAAACAGUCUGGACGAGGGCAGGAGUUCAGAUGACACAUUAUUAGGAGACCUCAAAGUUGCCUAUGAAACAUACAGAGACUGCAGUGGUAGCGAUAUUGGCAGCUGCUUGAAGUUGAAGCUAGCUAAGGCGCUUAACAGGAUCUCAAAGAGUGAUGAAGUCACUCUUCUCGGUGGAGUCACGAUCACAAAAGACAAGAAUGCUGUCGACAAAGUGCAGGAGGAGGCGAUUCCAAGAAAUCUUGAUGAGAGCUCCUUGGACAACCUCAUUUUGGACAAAAUCGUGGGAUUCAUGCAAACUCAUACCGUCCAGAUCAAAUUCCCCACCGGUUCGGACCUUCAGCGCGCGUUCGACGAAGGUCGUGGAAGGAGGAAGAAACUUGCCCCACUCCUUGCGAUCCCACUUCUGAUCGGUGGAAUGAUCGUACCCCUAGCCUUCGGAGCACUGGCCCUCCUCGCUGGAAAGGCCUUGAUUGUCUCCAAGUUGGCUUUGGUGCUUGCUGGUAUCAUUGGUCUGAAGAAACUUCUCUCCUCAAGUGGAACAGGAGAAGCUCAUGAGGUGGUGGUAUCUGCUGGACACGGUGGAGCUGGUUGGAGCAGGUCCCUCGAUUCACACGACCUUGCCUACAACGCGUACACCCAAUAA